AUGGCGCAGUACAGCGUCGGCAAGAGACAUAGCGUAGCGCACCCCGUGUAUCAGAAGCCCGGGCUCGCUGUAGUGGUGGGAGAGCAUGAGUGGUACGAACUGUAUAUCUUCGGCCACGAGAUCGAAGAUCACGAUUUCUGCGAUGCAUUCGUGCGCGAGAUCAUCCAGGGCAUUGUCAAGCCGCCGAAGGAUGGAAAAGGCUGGCUACCGAAUGUCGAGGUGGCAACGCUGGUCUGCCAGAGGACCAAGAAAGGAUGUGUGUUGAGAGGAUUGCCAGUGGACUGUAUGCUGGAAAUUGCGCCGGCUUACUGGUUCGACGAAGUGGUAGGAGGGAAGGGCGCAGGUUAUCAAGGAUCUGCUCACGAGCUUUGCAGAAGUCAAGAGGGGAGGUAG